AUGUUGUCCAAAGCCGUGCUCGGCGCCGUUCUGGCCGCCGUUGCUGGCAGUUUAGCUCAAGAAGGCAAUGAUACCGCACCUUUCCCAGAUACUACAUAUCCAGAUGCUAUAUCGCCAGACCCGGCUGUUGCAGAAGGCACACGGUCAAACCAGACAUCUCCACCCAAGUACCCCUCGCCAUGGAGCAGUGGCCUGGGCGACUGGGAGGCAGCAUACAAGACGGCAACUGAGAUCGUUUCCCAGCUGACUCUCGAGGAGAAGGUCAACAUUACCACAGGCAAGCCGCCCAUUUCUGCCGUGCAUUCUUCAGCUAACAAUUUCAAGGCAGACUCGCCUACCGGCAUGCGUUACACUGAUUUCGUAUCUGUGUUCCCAUCUGGCGUCAACGUUGGUGCGACUUGGAGCAAAGCUCUAGCGCACGCCAGAGGUGUGGCAAUGGCCGAAGAGUUCCGCGACAAAGGUGUCAAUGGAUUCCUUGGUCCUGUUGCUGGUCCUAUUGGGCGUUCGCCAGCAGGCGGCCGUAAUUGGGAGGGCUUCAGUCCCGAUCCUUACCUGACUGGUGCGCUUUUUGCAGAGUCUAUCAAGGGUGUCCAAUCAACGGGACAAAUCGCAGUCGGCAAGCAUUACAUUGGCAACGAGCAGGAGCAUUUCCGACAGACACCUGAAACCUCAGGUUUCGGGCUCGCCAACAUCACCUACCCGGGAUCCAGCAACAUUGACGACGUGACGCUCCACGAAUUGUACGCUUGGCCUUUCGCUGACGGCGUUCGCGCCGGACUCGCAUCGAUCAUGUGCUCAUACAACCGCAUCAACAACUCCGAUGGUUGCCAGAACUCGUACCUACAGAACUACGUCUUAAAAAAUGAGCUCGGCUUUCAAGGCUUCAUUGUCAGCGACUGGCAAGCCACUCAUUCCGGAGUGUCUGCGAUCCUCGCUGGUCUGGACGUGUCGAUGCCUGGCGACAUUGUCUUCAACGAUGGACUCUCAUACUUUGGACCAAACCUGACUAUUGCCGUCUUGAACGGUACUGUGCCACAAUGGAGACUCGACGACAUGGUCGUUCGUGUCCUCGCAGGAUGGUACUAUGUCGAUGGCGACAGUGAAGAGAACAACAAGCCGACGAACUUCAACUCCUGGACGAAGGACACAUAUGGUGCCGUCCACCGAUAUGCUGGUCCACAGUACGGAUACGAGCUGAUCAAUGACCACGUCGAUGUUCGUAAGGAACACGGAAGGUUGAUUCGCCAGAUCGGAAGUGCGUCGACUGUGCUGCUGAAGAAUGUCAACCACACCCUUCCCCUUACUGGAAAGGAGAAGCUGACAACUGUGUUUGGAGACGACGCUGGCCCCAACCUCGCAGGACCCAACGGGUGUUCUAAUAGGGCAUGCGCGCAGGGAACUGUUGCCAUUGGUUGGGGCAGUGGUACUGCUGAAUUUCCAUACCUCAUUACUCCAGACGCUGCAAUCCAGCGAGAGGUUACUGAUCACUACGGCGCGUACGAGUCUAUCCUCAGCAACGGCGCUCUUCCACAAAUCCAGGCGCUGGCCAGACGUGCGGGUCAAGUCGGUGGCGUCUGCAUUGCAUUCGGAGCAGCAAACGCUGGUGAGGGUUUCGUUGCACCAGACAGCAACUACGGAGACCGCAACAAUCUCACCUUCUGGCAGGGCGCCAAUCAGAUGUUGCGCAAUGUUACUGCCAACUGCAACAACACUGUUCUUGUUGUCCACUCGCCCGGCGCCGUCGAAGUGGAGGAAUACAAGGACCAUCCUAACGUUACUGCCAUUCUUUGGGCUGGCAUGCCUGGCGAGCAGAGCGGCAACUCUUUGGCUGACGUCCUGUACGGACGAGUCAACCCUGGUGCUAAGCUUCCAUACACCAUCGGUCGCAACAGAUCCGAUUACGGCACUGAUGUACUAUACUACAUCAAUGGCGACCCGCCACAAUUCGAUUUCGAGGAAGGAAACUUCAUCGACUACAGGACUUUCGACCAGAGAGGCAUUGAGCCUGUUUACGAAUUCGGGUUCGGUCUGUCAUACACAACUUUCAACUACAGCAACAUCGAGGUCAGAGAUACCGGAGCUGGUCCCUACGUUCCACAAUCCGGCUCAACACAAGAAGCACCGACUUUCGGCACAGUCGACAUGGACCCAGCCGCCCACGUCUUCCCAAGCGAAAACUUUACCCGAGUUCCCUACUUCAUCUAUCCCUACCUCAACUCCUCCAACCUCGAAGAAUCCUACGGCCACAACGACUUCGGCGACAACAGCUUCAUCCCCUCAGGCAGUCUCGAAGGCACCGCCCAACCACUUCUCCCAGCAGGCGGCGCACCAGGCGGUAACCCAUCGCUUUGGGAUAUCCUUUUCGUCGUCUCCGUGGACAUCACCAACACCGGCGACCGCGACGGAGACGAAGUCGCUCAACUUUACGUCUCUCUCGGCGGACCUUACGAUCCCAAAGUCGUGCUUCGCGGCUUCGAACGAGUUAAUAUCCCUGCGGGCAAGACUGUUACUGUCGACUUCCAUUUGACGAGACGGGAUCUUUCGAAUUGGGAUUCGGCGAGACAGGACUGGGUUGUGAGGACGGAGAAUCAGAAGAAGGUUUAUGUGGGGAGUAGUUCGAGGCAGCUUUUGCUGGAGCAGGAUCUGCAGUUGUAGGCUGUGAAAGCGUGGAAGUGACAGCAGCGCAAAAAUGCAUAGAAGAUGAUGUGCGACAUUCGCAUGUGUAGAUUGACAUGCAGACCAGAUGACGAGAAAACAGCAUGAAAAUAAUGUAGCAUGAAUCAAUGAUCACGACGAAUUGUGAC